GUCGACGACGACGACGAAAGCCGACGACGAGACUUGCUCUGCGAGAGAAGAGGAUUCCCUGCCACCAUCUUGCGGGAUAGCCAGUGACAGCUGAGGAAAUUUUUGAAAUGCUGUUCUAGAGCCGAGGAUUCCGCGAGUAUCAAGAUGAUCGGUGGGCUGUUCAUUUAUAACCAUAAAGGAGAGGUUUUGAUCUCUCGGGUGUAUCGAGACGACAUCGGCAGGAACGCCGUGGACGCUUUCCGGGUGAAUGUAAUUCACGCCAGGCAACAGGUCCGCUCGCCUGUGACCAACAUUGCACGAACCUCAUUCUUCCACAUCAAAAGGGCCAAUAUCUGGUUGGCCGCCGUGACCAAGCAGAAUGUGAACGCUGCCAUGGUUUUCGAGUUUCUGCUCAAAAUGUGUGAAGUCAUGCAGUCGUAUUUUGGCAAGCUGAGUGAAGAGAAUGUCAAGAACAAUUUCGUAUUGAUCUACGAGCUGCUCGACGAAAUUCUCGAUUUCGGCUAUCCCCAGAACACAGAUACGGGUAUCCUGAAGACUUUCAUCACUCAGCAAGGCAUCAAGAGCGCCACUAAGGAAGAGCAGGCCCAGAUCACAUCCCAAGUCACCGGUCAAAUCGGUUGGAGGAGAGAAGGGAUCAAAUAUCGACGCAACGAACUCUUUCUGGAUGUCUUGGAGUACGUAAACCUUCUUAUGUCUCCCCAAGGACAAGUCUUGUCCGCUCACGUAGCUGGGAAGGUCAUAAUGAAGAGUUACCUCUCGGGUAUGCCAGAGUGCAAGUUCGGUAUCAACGAUAAGCUCACAAUGGAGACCAAGACGGGCGCAUCGGGCGGAGUUAAGGCUCUAGACGACACUUCGGCCACUUCGUCACGCACGUCGAAGAACUCCAUCGCCAUCGACGAUUGCCAGUUCCAUCAAUGUGUGAAACUUUCGAAAUUCGAGAGCGAACACGCCAUUUCCUUCAUUCCUCCAGAUGGAGAGUUCGAGCUGAUGCGCUACCGCAUCACAAAAGACAUCUCGUUCCCCUUUAGGGUCAUUCCUCUGGUGAGGGAAGUUGGCCGCACUAAGAUGGAAGUGAAGGUCGUCCUCAAAUCAAAUUUCAAACCCUCUCUGAUUGGACAGAAAAUCGAGGUUCGCAUUCCAACUCCCCUGAACACAUCUGGAGUCCAAUUGAUUUGCAUGAAAGGCAAAGCAAAAUACAAGUCCUCAGAGAAUGCCAUCGUUUGGAAAAUCAAACGAAUGGCCGGCAUGAAGGAAACUCAACUAAGUGCUGAGGUCGAGCUUCUCCAUUCUGAUGCGGCUAAGAAGAAAUGGAAUAGACCUCCCAUAUCGAUGAACUUUGAGGUGCCUUUCGCGCCCUCAGGGCUCAAAGUCCGUUAUCUCAAGGUGUUCGAGUCCAAACUCAACUACAGCGACCACGAUGUCAUCAAAUGGGUCAGGUACAUCGGCCGAUCCGGACUUUACGAAACCAGAUGCUAACUCAGCUUCAGUCUCAGCUCGGAAGGUCGAUCUUCCUGUCGAACUUGUAUCGUUGACGAUUAUUUGCGCUGAGCGAAACCUAGUGGUUUUAUGGUAGUGUCGCUUCAAGGUGGUUAAUCACUGCCGCGCCGGAGCCGAAAAGCUUGCGGUUUGUUGGUCUGUCGGUAGGUGGGUCGGUCCUUCUGCCGGUCUAUCCGGCUAGUCGACCGACCUCCUAUCUGCCUAUCUAUCAUCAACUAGAAUAUCCCGUAGCUGGAGGGUAACCACCCCGUUUCAUCGUACCUACUACUGUAACUCUGGGGAACAUUGACAUCACUACCAAAACUACUUAGUAUCGUAGCCUUGUCUCGAUUUGAGUUCGUGAGGAGCAAUUCCCUAGUGAAGAGUUUCCUUGAUGCAGGAGAUCCCCACAUGAUCCGACUGGACUUGCGCACUCUAUUUCAACCAGCUCUUACGAACUCCGACUGUGAACUCAAGUGGGACAAGUGAAAUGUUCUAUUCGUUUGACUGGUAAUCGAAUAAUUGUUUGCCGAACGGUAUACUCUUAUGGUUUUGGUGCGGAGAGGUUCAUUGAUUCCUUGAUUGAUCGAAGAUCAGAGGCGAAAAAGUAUUCUAGCGUCCCAGUUACAGCGAAUCUUUGAGAGUCAUAAUCGGGGAGGGACAGAGAUGAGCGGAAGGAAGAAACAAACGAUUACGUGUGACAAAAUGGAUCUUCUCUUAAAUAUGAAUUGCAAAGUUCUCGUGGACGAAGAAAAAUGUGCUCGCCGCGCAACUGAUGCAAUAUCCACUUGACUGUUAGGUUGAUAACUUCGACAUGAGUUGUAAAUAGAUUGGAGCUCUACCCACUCCCGGCCCGAUUCCACAUUUCAUGCACCUUUAAUUUGGUGGUACCUGAUCGGAGAGAAAAUCAGCAAGUUGACUUUCGUUAACGCUCUGAUGAAUUCGAAUGAUCAUCGAGUUCAAUGCGGUCUAGAUGCGUGGAUUGACACGGAGGAGGUUCGGAACGAGGAUGAAAAACUGGAAAAAUCCGCGACGACAUUAACAUUAUUAUGUUUUUAUUUAUAUAGCAAAUAAAGGAACACACAUUGCCCGUUUCAUUCAGAUGCUGAAAUUUGGAACAAGAAGCGAUGCAGU